UUUUUGUUAGUUGUGCUGCAGACGUGAGAGUGCGUGCAAGUGCGAAGUGAGACCGACCCGACCGUCCGUACUCCAUGUGCUCAUACAGUGUGCUGUUUGCCUGUGCCUAUGCGUGUUUCCAUCCAUCAAAAACGAACGAAAAACUAAAAUAAAUAAAUAAAAAGCGAGAGGAAUAAUAUACAUAUAUAUUAUAAAAACUGGAUAAAAUGUGAAUUUAGGUGCGCGCUACGAAUACGAAAAUCCAUAAAAUUCACACGCUCACUAUUCGCUUGAAUUUUUUUAGUUUAUGUUUUUAUUAUUUUGGUGUUUCAUUUAAUGUUAUUAUUAUUAAAUGCACACCAAACUAGAUGAAAAGUGAAAACCGCGAAGCUGCGAAGUAAUAUAAUAACGGUGAAUCUCGAGUUCAGUGUGUAUUUAUAUUUCCUUAUAAACAUAAACCGAAUGGUGAUUUUUGUUGUUACGGACUAGCCUAAGGAAAAACUUUGAUAUAUCACCAAGCAAUAUUAAAGAAUUACAUUUGGACUUUCAAAGAGGAUUAACCGGAGACAAGUAGAAUAACAAACAGACAACUAUUGCGUUGUUCCAACUAAAAUUCGAUGGACAUAGCGUGAAGAUAAUUGGAUGAAAGAUGGCGCUAAGAUUGGUAGCUGUUUUGUGUCUUUGGGUGCUGAUGGUGACGGCAGAUAACGAUGAUUGGACCUCCAAAUGUAGCAAAUGCAAAUGCACCUGGAGCAGCGGCAAGAAAACCGCGGAUUGUAGAAGCGUACAUUUCAAUGAGAUUCCUUUGAAUCUGAGCAGCGAGCUGAGGGAUAUAGAUUUUUCAAAUAAUUCGUUUUACGAAUUGAAGACGAAGGAGUUCUCUAGCGCCGGCCUCGCGAACGUGCACAAACUGAAACUGCAAUAUUGCAGUAUAGAGAAUGUCCAUCCUUUAACUUUCGAUGGCCUCAAAUUACUUAUCGACUUGGAUCUCUCCAGAAAUUCCAUUAAGGAGUUGGAUAGCAAAGUCUUUGCAGACAACUCGAGGCUGCGUAUAAUAAACCUGUCUCAUAAUAAACUCAAGAAACUUGAGAACAACAUGUUCGAAAACAUGAUCCAUUUGCAGCAAAUAUUCGCGGACAACAAUCAAUUGGAAUACAUAAGCGAGUACAUGUUCGGUGAAAAUAGCUCAUUGCUGCAUCUGAGCUUGGAGAACAAUCGUCUUACUCACAUGAGCGUGAACUUCAGUAACCGAUUGAGGAAAUUGGGGAGCUUGGUUUUGGCUGGAAAUCCGUGGAUAUGCGAUUGUAAGCUGCAACCGUUCAGGAAGAUAGCGCACGAUAAUAAUUGGAUAACGAAAUCCACCGAGUGCGACCUGCCGGAAAGAUUGAAGGGCCGGACUUGGUCUGACUCGUCGGUGAUCUUCGCCUGCAACCCCAAAAUAGUGGUUCCAUCGCCUGGUGCGGUUCUCGAAGCGGAUACAACGAACUACACGAUCCCAUGCAAGGUCGAAGGUGAGCCAAGACCGAGCGUCGUUUGGUACUGGAAUGGAAGAAGCGUCGACACGCAGAGAAACGGAAUGAAGUAUUUCAUUACAUCGACCAAAGAGACUCCGUAUUGGGACAACCUGACCAUUAUUAAUAUACACAUCCGAGAUCGUGGCGAAUACAAAUGCAUCGCAACGAAUGCCGGAGGAAGUGAUGAACGCAAUGUGACGGUCUACUUAAAAGGGACCGACAAUUUUGGCGGGGGUGCAUCAUCGUCUACAUCUAUGUCGAACAUAGUAAUCAUGAUCACCGCCCUCAGCGUCGGAUCCGUAAUCCUCCUGAUCAUUAUCAUUCUGAUCAUCUGCUGCUUUUGCAAGCGCAACGGUAGGAAUAGAGGUCCGAUGUCGAAGAAUCGACAUCUGAGCCAAGAUGAAUUCAUAAACCUGGACGGUCGGCCCGGGGAGAUGGAGAAGGCGCUUAUAACCGACGUGAAUCCGAUAUUGAAGCCGCCCCGACAAUACUCCGUCCCGCCGUCUGUCACCAGUGGUGGAACCGAGGUCAGCGAGGCGAAGAAAAUGCUAAUCGACGACGAAUCUAUAUUCAAUGGUGACGAGGAGACGAGAUGCUAUGAUUACAUAUCUCGAGGGCAGCUCAAGUCCCAGAAUAAUCUGGAUGCUGAUUACAGGAACGAAAAUCAAUAUCCACCAGAUUUAUUGUCGUUCCCGCCGCGCACCUUGAGUCAGAUCUCUCCAGCUGGAAGUUCCGCAUCAACAGUUGCAGAUACGUCUCGACUUCCGCUAAACCACGGCCUGCAAUCGCCCAUUCACAGCCCCAUUUAUGACACUGCAAACUUGUAUCGUACUCUGCCCUACUCGAGGUCUCAUUCGCCCUUUACCUCGCCGCACGGAGCGCCCAUCAGGGUUCCCCGGCAAGGAGCCUAUGUGACCAUUCCGAGGAGACCUAGGGCUAGCUGGAGCAGCGAACCACCGAACAUGAAUCUCUCCGACAUAGGAGAACCUCUCUACGACAACCUUGGACUUCGCACGACGGCCACUGGAGCUUCAGCUCUGUCCCUCAACAAAUUGGCAGAGAACAACACCAGCACCCCGAGAGGUCCACGCACGGCCUUCCCAUUGUCACCGCAACCCUGUGAUCCUAUAGCCGAGCACGAGUCUUCACCACCGAUGGCCGCAACGCUUCCUAGGAGUGGUCAGAGGAACCUCAAUGCAGAUGCCAUUCGUGGCAGCUGGGCUAGAAGCCCUGACAACGAUUCACGAAGAGAAUCAACGGCUUCUCUGUUGCCCACCGAUGGAAAGUCCCCGAAGGUUCCUCCACGUCCACCCCCGAAACCAAAGAAAAAGAUCGUGACCGGACCUCUUUUCGAGGACGAAGGCGAGGAUGGUACGGAAGUGUGAGAAUGGCUUAUACUAGUGCUUCGAGCGCUGGUCAUUAACUAACGGUAGAGACAAAUCUGUGGUGCUUAAGUGGUGUGGACCAAAACGUACGAUCAAGACAAAACGAUACGAAGAAUUUGAACGAAUCCGCUUACAGGGUUUUACUUCUCGACAAAUUUUAUUAAUUAUAUAAUAUUAUCAUGAGUGCCUUAACGAAUCACACUCCACAUUUUAAACGAACAAAUUCAAGAUAUUUCAAUAUAUUUCUGCAUAUUUAAAUGUAUGCAUAUAAAACGACCCAGAACGACCCGCAUACAGUUUAUUUGUUUUGUUUUAACUAUUCUUUCCUAUUCUAUUAGAUGUGCUUUAUCAAUUAAUGAACUAAUUAUGAAACUCGGGCUUCCAAUCCGGAAAUGUACUAAAUAACGAACGGAAGUUGUGCGCUCUUCAACUCUCCAAAAAAAAAAUCCCCCAAACCCGGAACACUACUAUCGACUAGUUGAUUUUAUAUUUUUAUAUAACGUGUUUGUGGUGUAGAGACAUGGAUAACGAAAAUGUUUACGGCAAAAUUCGAAUUAGAACGCGGUAUUUUUUAUUUUUUUGAGUGGAUCCGCCGCGAAACAGUAUUAUUAAUUAAGGAACAAACGCUGAUCUCUCUCCUCUUCUCUCAUUCUACCCCUACCCCAAGCGAGAUGGCUGAUUGUGUAGUGAAUGCUGUGAUCUUGUAGCCCAUAAAAUGAACUGAUUUGUAUAACUUGUGUAAAAAAAAAAGUUGACAC